AUGCCUUUCAUCGAUGACGAUCUCCUCUGGUGUCAGGAGCAGGGCAAGACAAUGACCGAGCUGACAAACCUCUCGUGCUUGGACACAACGAUCACCUUGGUAUCACCUCAACCGACACCCGUCGAGGGCACCCUCACAGAGUUGAGCCACACAGAUCUGACCGGACUGGCGCCAGCUCCCGAAGCUGAAGAAUCUGAAGAUCUUCUGAGAUCUCUGAAUGACUCACACCUGGAUAACAUAGAGUCUAUUUUCGCUGAUCUCGAGCCACAGGGAAAAAAUCUUGAGAAUCUCACCAUACUUGGGGACCUACCGCCUCGCCGCAGGAAAAGGAGGAAAAGUGCAGAUAGCACGUCACAUCUGACACCCACAAUCGCGCCGCUGCACGCCGAGGGAACUUUUCAAAAUGUGCAAGUGAAAGUGGAACCAGGUGAUCUGGAUGGUCUCGACGUUUACAUCAAGCAGGAGCCUAACAACAAAUCUUCAUCUGAUGACGGAGACCUCAGCGAUAUACUCGAUGGAGGCGAGCUCUCCAGAGUCCAUGGACGUCACCAGCGUCAGUCGCCUGGUACCGACUCGAAAAGUGUCCUGGUGCACAACCUCUUGCUCCAACAACACUACAUGAAUGGAGCUCUCUCAUCACUCCCACCGUCUCCUGCCGAUUCCGGAGUUUCAGACGUCGACUCUUCUUCAGGACAUCUCUCCACCGACGAAGCCAAGAGCCGACUCCAUGGAGACGCAUCGGAUUCAGAUCUUAGUGGUGUUUAUACGGGAUCCACGACACUGCCCUCUGUUCAACAGCAGUUCAUGUACCGCCAGCUGAAUGGUGUUCAGAUUUCGCCUUCUAACCAAGGACUACUGUCCACAUCACCUUCACUGCCCUCCGCUUCGACGCUCAACCACAGCUUCGGCGGUCAAUACGAAGACCAGAAACCGUUCUUGCCGUUGGCGUUGACCAAAAACCUGCCGGCGUCGACAUCAAUCCUGCCGGCCGCGAGCUCGUCUUCUCCCAACAGUCCCCCGGCGAAUUCUCCUCCCUCGACAGGCAACAGCUUCUUCCCGAACUACUAUUUCCCCAACCAGCAAGGAUUGAACAUUCAAAGUCAGCAAUACUAUCACGAGGACCUUGGCUACUACUUCGCGGAGGACCUUUCGACCGGAGGUGCUCAAAAGCAAAAGAAGCCUCUCAGCCCCAAAAGGCCUUCGAAACCCUACGAUCCGAGCCAGCCUCAGCCCUUGAAGCGCAAAAGCCGCGAAGGAUCCACCACGUACCUGUGGGAAUUCCUUCUGAAGCUUCUUCAGGACCGCGAGUGCUGCCCUCGUUACAUCAAAUGGACCCACCGCGAGAAGGGCAUCUUCAAACUGGUGGACUCCAAAGCCGUCUCAAGGCUGUGGGGUCUGCACAAGAACAAGCCAGACAUGAACUACGAGACUAUGGGUCGCGCUCUCAGGUACUACUACCAGAGGGGCAUCCUUGCGAAAGUGGACGGCCAGCGCUUGGUCUAUCAGUUUGUUGAUGUACCCAAAGACAUUAUCGAGAUAGACUGUUCAGGGGCCUAA